AUGUCGCAAUCAUUCCCUCUCAGCUGGUUUUUCAUCAAGAACCAGAAUGGCUAUGUGCUAUCCGCUUCCCAUGGAUCCGCAAGUGCAAACAUUGUGCUCUCCACGUUGCGUACGGACGAACCUGCCGCUCAGCUCUGGCGCCACGAUAAUGGUGCUUUGAUUAACAAGGAAAGCGGCCUUGUCAUGGAAGUUUCCAGAGGCUCUUUGAAGGCCGGAUCGGAGAUUGUCCAGCAGGCUGCCGCUACAGACAAGUCCCAAAGCCAGCACUUUUCCAUUUCUAAGGAUGGCCACAUUUGCCUAAAGGAGAAGCCCAACUUGGUGCUCGGUUUCAAGGAGUCCUUCUUUUCCCGUCGUGAAGGACUGCAUGUGCAUCUCCAGGCUGCAGAUAAGCGCAGCAAAGAGCAGCACUGGAACUUUGUGCUACCGGUCGUCAAGUCAUCCUCAACUGCGUCGUCCUCCGCCGCUCAGGUGAAGCGAAGUGCUAGCUCCAGCACUGUUGGUAGCAGCGUUGCUGGCAAGCCUCUGAGCAGGGGCAUCUCGCAAAUCAAGGAAGAUGAUGCUCGGUCGACUGUUUCAGCAUCCACAACCACCUCGAGUCUGGACCAAGAAGGAGCCCACGUUCCAACUGGUACGUUUCCGGACACGCCAUUUUUUCUCAAAUCCCAGCAAACGGGCCUGUACAUUAGUGCCGAGGCUACUUCAAUGACCCAGGUCGGGGGCCGAUUGGUCGUUGAUUCGUUGCGCAAGACCGGCUACGAUAGCCAGCUGUGGGUCUUUGACAAGGCUUCGGGACACAUCGCCAACAAGCACUCUGGUUUGGUCUUAAGCUUUGAAAGCUUAAAGGAUGAAGCCUAUGCCUGCCAGACUAAGCGCGUCAACUCGGACAAGAAUCAAAUCUGGACAUUGUCACCCACUCAUGAAGUCCAUCUCAAGCACGACGCUAGCUGGGUCCUCGGAUUAAAGGAAAGCUGGUUCAAUUCAGCUCGUGAAGGUGCCCAUAUUCAUAUUCAAAAGAAGACUACCAAAAACGGCGACAACCAAAGGUUUGCAGUUGUAUUGCCCGUAUUCAAGAAGCGUGUGGUUGAUGCUACCACAGAACAGCACCAGCACGGUACCUUCCCCGAUGGCUGGUUCUUCAUUAAAAACCAAGAGACAAGCGCAAUCCUUACUACAGACGGUAUUGAGAUUACCACUGCCAAACUCGAUACAUCUAACUACGCCCGUCAACUGUGGCGCUACAAGAACGGCUUCCUUAUCAACAAAGCGUCUGGGAAGGUUCUUGACGUGCGCGGAGGAUCGAUUGAAAGCGGUGCUAGUAUUUGCCAAUACGACCAAAAAAAGAAAUCAUCUCAAAACCAGCAGUGGGCUUUGACAGUGGAGGGGUUUAUCCAUAUUCAGUCCAAUGGAUCGCUUGUUUUGUCCACGCAGGUCAAGUCCGGCAAGGUAUACACUUAUUUAGCCGACAAGUUAUCGGUUGAGCAUAAGGAGCAGCGCUGGAACUUUGUUCUGCCGGUGUUCAAGAAGAAGCAAGGCACACGAGCUAUUACUAGUUCAAGCACCAAAACAAAAACAAAGACUGUGUCGUACCGCUAUGCUCAAUACCCAAGUGGCUGGUUCUUUAUCCGCUCAUUGGUUGCCAGAUCUACCAAAGAGAGCCCUCUCGUGCUGACCGCGAGCGAGAGUGUCCUUACCAUGGCUGCCUUGGACAAGGAAAACUGGCAAACCCAGCUGUGGAGCUACUCAUCUGGUGCUUUGGUCAACUAUGCAUCUCAAAUGGCCAUUGACGUCAAGACUGUUGUUGAAGGUGCUAGCUUGACUCUUGCCAAGCAGGAAAGCGUUGCACGUAGCCAGCGCUGGACCCUAUCGAUUGAUGGUUACCUUGUCAACGGCUUUGAGCCAUCACUUGUGCUCACUCCCCAACAAAGCGACGACCAAGGCAACAAUUACAAGCUAGCUUUGGCCAACCAUAACUCCUUCAAGGAAGAGCACCGGUGGGGUCUGUUGAUCCCCGAGUUUAUCGUCCGUAACCGUGUCCAGAUCCUUACCCGGUGGACCGUUGCAAUGCUUCAAGAAUGGCGCUCCGAAACUGGUCAGAACACAAUCCAAAAAUCAGUUUCCCGUACCGCUGCUUGGCCAGAAGACGAAUUCUUCAUUACCAGCAACGAAGGAUAUGCCUUGGCACCCGAAAAGGCAGAGGCAUUUGCUCAAGUUGGUCUGCACAAGAUGGAUGACAAUGCAGAUGCCGAGCUUUUCAGAUGGACAUAUGACAGCGGUUACCUUGUGCACUGCAUGACCGGCCUUGUGUUGCAUUCGAGUGAUGCGCUUGCGGAUGGUGAUAAGCUGGUGCUCCGCGGAAAGCUCAUGAAGGAUGAGACGCAUGCUGACGAUCGCCAACUUUGGAGCCUCAACACUAAUGGUUCCAUUACCUCGGGCAUCCGUUCUGAACUCGGUCUUGCUCUCUUCAAGCAAGGCGGUGUAUGGCAAGUCCAGAUCUCCAAUGCUACUAAGCGUACUGCUCACUAUGGCUGGAGCUUGAUGUACGGCACCUGCGAGCGUCGCUACAGCGAAAUCCACAAAAGAGAAAUUCUUGUUGUCAUCACCUGGAUCCGCAUUAUUCUCAUGAUCCGUCAUACCAAGGCCUCCAGCACGGCCCACAAACUGGUCACUCAAAAGUACGGCAUCUUCCCCAAGGAAUGGUUCUUUAUCCGCUCCAAACAUGACAAGAACUACGUUGUCACCGCCAACACCAGCAAGGAGGGUGAGAAGUUGACCCUUGAAAAGAUCGAUUACAAGCUCUACAAGCGCCAACUGUGGAACUGCGACGAGUCUGGCUGCUUGACUAACAUGGAGUCCAAGUAUGUCAUUGAUGUGGCCGGUGGUAAGCUGAUGGCCAAUUGCAAUGUUAUCCAAUGGCACGAGAAAUUCUUGCGUCGCAGCCGCAAGAACCAGCAAUGGGGCCUGUCCGUCGAUGGUCACAUCCAUCCACAAGCCCGUCCUGGUCUUGUCCUUUGCCCCAAAGACGACACCAACAUCAAAGAGCACACACUGCUUCAGCUCAAGCCCCGUGGCGCCCUUACUGCCGAGCAUCAACAGUGGACGUUUGCUGUCCCCGUCCUUGGCAAGCGAUCCAUCAGCCGUAGUAGCACCAUCAUGGAGGAUAUCGGCGAGGCGAAUCUCGAGGUUGCCGACCGUGAACACUACGAGCGUGUCAACAAGCGCACGAUCGUCCACCGCUGGGGUGUCUUCCCAAGUGAUGGCGUUUUCAUCCGGCUCAAUUACGGUGCUGAGCGUCUUGCUCUGACCGUCGAGAAGAGCGAAACCAACGACGCGAAAUCCUGCUAUGCUGUUGUUGCGCGCCCGCUCAACUUCAAGGAAUACAAGUGGCAAUUGUGGACCCACGAAGAUGGUCAUCUGAUCAAUGCCGAAACAGGUUUGGCGCUGGAUAGCGAGGCUGUAACAGGCGGUGUCACCGAAUAUGGUCUCAAGACGCGUCUUCAUGUCAAGGCCAAAACCGAAUCCGAAACGCAAUAUUGGGCCUUGGGUGUCAACGGCGAAAUCCACCUUCGAUACAAUGAACGCAUGGUCGUUAGCGUUGCUGCUGCUGACCGUGCUACAAUCGCUGGUGCUCAGAUCGGCCUUCGUGAGCUGCACGUUCGCAAAGAGCUCAAGGAGGGCAAGCAAGAACUCGUUUUGCAGUCUGAACAGUGGUUGCGCUGGGCCUUCUCCAAGCCUGUCUACGGCAAGCGCACGGUCGCCACUGGGGCAAGUGCUUCAGAAACCAGCUCUGCUGCUAGUGAAAAGGAAGAGAUUCAGGAUUGCGAGGAGCAGAGCAUUGCUGUUGAGCAAGAAGAUGAGACUGACGAUGGCGCAUCGACCGAUGACGAUACCACUGACGAUGAUUCCUCCGACGAUGAGGAUGUUGACGAUGACAAUGCCUCCAUCGUGUCUGCUGCAUCUUCCAAGGCGAGCGGCAGCUUUGGCGCUGGUGCACAAAUUAAGGAAACUCAGUCGAGCGGCACGCGUAGUAUCAAGUCGACUAGCUCGCGUUCGUCGCGUAAGGAUUCGUUUACAUCGACCGAAGAGUAUACCCCGACUGGCUUUGAAAAAGUCGUCCAGUACAAGGAACACAGCGGUGCAUUCCCUACUGGCUAUUUCAUCAUCAAGAGUCAGCUUCAUGGUUACGUGCUUGAUGUAGAUGGUGAAGCUAAAGAAAACGCUGCUGUCGUCUUAACCCCCUUGCGAUCAACCGACUUUGCCAGCCAGAUGUGGUCCUAUAACAAUGGCUACCUUAUCAAUUUGAAGGGCCAAGUUCUCGUCCUCGAUGCCGCCGCCGACAAACUCGUCGCUGGUGGCCAGCCAUUGCUAUCAGUCCGUUCGCCUAUCAGCGAGGCUGCUGAUCAGCGUUGGGAGCACAGCUCAGAAGGGCUUGUCUAUCUGCUUUCCAAGCGCUCAUGGGUACUUUCAAUCAAAGAACUGAAGCGUACAACCCAGACUAAGAUCAACGUAUACUUGCAAGAAGAAAAAACCUUUGGCAAUCUCAAGAACGGAGCCAAGAAAGAACAGCGCUGGGUUAUCUUAGUUCCUUCGCUCAUUCCUGUCAGUAAAAAGGAAUCUGGCGUCAAGAUUGUCGAAGCUGGCAAGAAGAGCACUGACACGACUGCUGCAGCUGCAGCAGGAGCGGCUGCCGCCGCAGCUGUUAUUAGCUCCAUGUUUGCUAUGAAAUGGUUCAAGGAAACCUUGUCGUACAAGAUCACUACCCACGAUGCCUGGCCAACCUCACAGUGCUUCUUUAUCCGUGUUGGUAGCAACAACACCUUCCUUGCUGCUGGCCUUGAGAAGGGUCAAGUCGGCCUUUACCAGCUUACUGAACAAGAAGAUUACAAGCGCUUCCUCUGGAUUUAUGUUGAUGGCUAUUUGGUGAACUACAAGUAUAUGCUUCGUCUUGUGUACAUCACCCGCACCCGUCAAUGGAUUCUUUCAGAUGAUAAGGAGACUGCCGACCAAAUGGUCCAUAUUUCGACCAGUGGUGUAAUCACUAUCCGUAUCAGCACUAUUACCUACUAUCUGCGUAUCAUUCGUCGCUCUACAGGCUAUGAUCUGAGUGUUGCGCAAGGCGAGGACUCAGCCAAGACUGACGGGUGCUUUGAGCUUCACCUUCCCUCGUUUGCUGACCAAGAAAGGGAGACUGAUGCUUGCACUGCUAUUAGCACCGCAGCUACCUAUGCUCACAAGCAAAAGGAGCUGUGCAGUCACAACUACAAGGAAACCAUUGUUACUACCCGACGUGCUAUCUUCCCUGCCGAUCAAUAUUUCUUCAUCAAGGCUGAUGGUUACAAGGAAAGCUGGGUCUUAGCCGCCAAUGGCGAUACUCCUGGUAUGCCUUUGGUGAUCAAGAAAUUGUCAUUCACCGACUUCAAGAACCAGCUUUGGAGCUACCAUAAUGGUCUUUUGACCAACUAUGGCAGUGGUUAUGUCAUAAGUAUUCAAGGUGGCAUUGCGCCUUCUGCCAAGAUUGUCCAGCAUCUGAAGACCUCAGGCAGUCUUAAGUGGUUCUUGACCAUUGAUGGUUUGAUCCAUCUCCAUGGCUAUGGUGCUCUCACCUUGGGUUACCGUGGCGGUGAUUUGGGAGAGGGUACUGCCGUCACGUUAGCUCUUGCUGAGACAUCAGAGCGCACAAUUCGCUGGAAGUUCUCCAUUCCUGUAUUUGGCAAGAAGACUGUUACCAAGAAGAUUGUUGAAGAAGAAAUCGCACAGGGCGCCAAGCUGGACAACAUUGAAGAGUUGACUACCGAAGUUGCCAAGGAGCAAGCAGAAGAAGUCACCAAGAAGACCACCUCUUCUACGCAGCUCACUACUAUCGAAAGCAAGAGACUGGCCUACGCCACUGCCGAGUCGUGGACCAUCAUUCUUGCCUGGCGCAUUUACUUUAUCCGCCGCAUCCGCCAAUGCCGAACCAAGGCUCAAGUCAUCAGUGUCAUUCAAGAAAGCCGCGAGACUCUUUACAAACGUUUGGAUGCCCACUACAAGCGUCAUUGCCGAAGCAGCACCCACGAAUUGCCUUCGGAGUGGCAAGUCUCUAUCCACCGGGUCCGCGAAAUUUUCCGUAUCGGUAUUUUUGAAGGAGUGCUUGGAAAGCUGAUCUCGUACGAGGCUGACCAAGAAGUAUCCAUUGACGAAUUGGGCAUCGAGACCAUUGUCAACAGCACUUAUAGUGAAGUCGAGAAAUACGUUCAGGAGGAGAAGAGCUCUGUCUCGAUUGAUACCAAAGAAGAAGAAGAGAUGACAGAGGAGGUUGCUAUUGAUAAGACUCAGGACGCCAAGGAACAGGCACUUGUCCUUGUUACGAGUGUCAAGACUACCGUUCGCUACUGGCUUGUCAUCAUCCGUACUCGCGUCUGGGAAGCUAAGAAGAAUGGUGCCUCCGAUCAGGAAAUUGCCACAAUCCUUGAGAGCUCUCGCAAGGAGCUUUCUUCCGAAUUGUCGAUUACACGCACUCAGGUUACCAAGUACAAAUGGUGGUCUUACUUUACCGCUUCCUCCGGACACACCACCGAGUCUGCUCAAAACGCUACGAUCGAGGCUAUUGAGCGCAUUAAGACUUCUGUUUUCAAGCAUAUCGAUAACAUCACCUAUGAUUCCGAAGACAAGUUGGUCUCAUGGGUUGACCAAGGGGAACAAAACGUUGAUAUGGAAUUGGAUACUUGCAAACAUGCUAUCGGUGUCGUCGAGGAAGUCAAGAAGGUUGAAGAGAUAACUAGCACCAACACCGAUGUUGGAUACUGCCGCAAGUCCACUUCAACAGAACUGAUCAAUAUCCAGGAGCGUCUUACUGCUUGGUAUGCUCAGCUGUCGUACGAUAUCACUUGGUGCUUUGAGCAUCAGCAAAAGUCUGCUCGCAAGGAUUCCUUGCUUGUUGUUGACUCUGCUAGAUUGGACUUAAUCAACUACUUGGAGCAAGCCAAGCUGUCUCUUCAAAAGCAAUCCGCCAACCUUACCAUUGAGGAGCGACGCCGCAUCGAGUACUCUAUCGAGACAAUCAAGGUUACCAUUAUUGCUUACCUCUUGCGCUUCCGUAAGUCGAUCGAAGAGGUGUCCGAGGAACAAGUGCACAAGUCCACUAUUGCCGGCUAUCUCGAGUUCUCGUUCGGAGUUUCUGCUCAGCAGAGCUCUUUAAAGGUCUUGCAUGAUACUGUCUAUCAGCUGACCGGUGAAAAAGUCGAGCUUUCCCAACAUCACUAUGCCAUUAAGGACACAGAGUCUACUACAGAAGAAACGAAGAAGACUUCUGAGCACCAUGUUGAGGGUCAUGUUUCCGACAAGAAGGAGACUGCCAAGCACCACGACAAGUCAUCAUCGACCGGUGCUGCUGCAGCUGCAGCUGCUGCCGCCGCCAUUGCCGCUGGUGCAACAACCGCCGCUGCAAUCCACCACCAUCAUCACCAGGAUGAGGAAAAGCAUAAGCAUGCUGAAAAGGCUACCGAAGAAAAGAAGCAAGAGAAAGAAGCUGAAAAGGUCGUCGAAAAGGUCACCGAAGAGAAGAAGGAAGCCGAAAAGACGACCAGCGCUGAAGAACAAGGUCAGGUAUCUAUUGGUAUCGUCGACACUGUCAAGCCAUGCGUACCUGAACAGCCAAGCAAAUCGACCAAGGAGCUUCAAGUCGCAAUCAGCCAGUGGUUCAGUGCUUUUGUCAAACGCGUAUCCACAGAAUCCAAGAAAGAAGGUGUCAAAGACGUGUACAUUGCCGAGAUGGUACGCGUUGAAACCGAUACCAUUCUUGCCCACUUGGAUACUUCCAAGGCUGCUAUUAUUGGUACCGUCGUAGCUUCUUCAGGAAGCGUCGCUGCCACCAAGGAGUGGGAGUCCACGGUUGAGUACAUUCGUGGUGCCAUUACCAGCGGAUCCGCACAGCUUCAAGCCAUUGCUAUCCAAGUUGUUUCCGGCCAAACGUCUACCGAUGGCUUUAAGCAGCUUGAGGCGAUCUCAGCUUCCAAUGAUCAACUGAUUACCGAGUCCAUAAUCAAAUAUGAGGCCAAGAUCACAGCUGUAGUUGAAUCAAAGAAGCAGGCUACAAUUAUUGCCGACGAGACCAAGAAGCCUGUUACUGAAACACACGAUGCUAGCAAGACCGGCAAGGAGAAGGUUGCAACUGGUGUCGCUGCUGGUGCAGUUGUUACAAUCGGCGCUGUUGGCUAUGUUAAAUCAACAGUCAGCUGGUGGUUAUCCAAGCUCACCAAGGAUAUCUCUGAGCGUGUUGAACAGGGCGGCGACAACGUCGAAGCUGAUAUUGAAGCCAUCGUUGCCAAGGCCGACGCUGAGAUCGACAUCGAAUUCACCAAGGUUACCACCAAGACUAGCGAAUGCAAGGAUACCGAAUCAGCUGAGAAGCUCAAGGCUACCAUCGAAUGGGCCAAGAGCACCGUCACCCAGACCACCACGCAGGUCAAGGCCACCGCUGUUCAAGCCAUUGCUGCUGGCAGCACCUCUGCUGUCUCUGUUCACGAGCAGCUUUCCGGUGUUGUUGAAGCUACCAAGACGCAGGUUAACACUGCUAUGGAUAACUGCAAGGCUGAUGUUGAAAUCGAAGUCGAGAAGGAAAAGAUUGAAAAGGUCUCAACUGAGGUUACCAAGCAUACUCACGAGCACAAGAAGCACGAGCACAAGAAGACCGAGCAGAAGGAAGAUCACCAUGCCGAAAAGGUUGCUGCGGGUGUUGUAGCUGGUGCUGUCGUUUCUGUCGGUGUUGUUGGCUAUGUCAAGGAUACCGUCAGCUCGUGGUUCAGCAAGCUCACUAAGGAUAUCUCUGAGCGUGUUGAAAAGGGCGGUGACAACGUCGAAGCUGAUAUUGAAGCUAUCGUUGCCAAGGCCGACGCUGAGAUCGACAUCGAAUUCACCAAGGUUACCACCAAGACUGGCGAAUGCAAGGAUACCGAAUCAGCUGAGAAGCUCAAGGCUACCAUCGAAUGGGCCAAGAGCACCGUCACCCAGACCACCACGCAGGUCAAGGCCACCGCUGUUCAAGCCAUUGCUGCUGGCAGCACCUCUGCUGUCUCUGUUCACGAGCAGCUUUCCGGUGUUGUUGAAGCUACCAAGACGCAGGUCAGCACUGCUUUAGAUAACUGCAAGGCCGAUGUUGAAAUCGAAGUCGAGAAGGAAAAGAUUGAAAAGGUCUCAACUGAGGUUACCAAGCAUACUCACGAGCACAAGAAGCACGAGCACAAGAAGACCGAGCAGAAGGAAGAUCACCAUGCCGAAAAGGUUGCUGCGGGUGUUGUAGCUGGUGCUGUCGUUUCUGUCGGUGUUGUUGGCUAUGUCAAGGAUACCGUCAGCUCGUGGUUCAGCAAGCUCACUAAGGAUAUCUCUGAGCGUGUUGAAAAGGGCGGUGACAACGUCGAAGCUGAUAUUGAAGCUAUCGUUGCCAAGGCCGACGCUGAGAUCGACAUCGAAUUCACCAAGGUUACCACCAAGACUGGCGAAUGCAAGGAUACCGAAUCAGCUGAGAAGCUCAAGGCUACCAUCGAAUGGGCCAAGAGCACCGUCACCCAGACCACCACGCAGGUCAAGGCUACCGCUGUCCAAGCCAUUGCUGCUGGCAGCACCUCUGCUGUCUCUGUUCACGAGCAGCUUUCCGGUGUUGUUGAAGCUACCAAGACACAGGUCAGCACUGCUUUAGAUAACUGCAAGGCCGAUGUCGAAAUCGAAGUCGAGAAGGAAAAGAUUGAAAAGGUUUCAACUGAGGUUACUAAGCAUACUCACGAGCACAAGAAGCCUACCAAGGAGGCCGAGAAGAAGGAAGAUCACCAUGCCGAAAAGGUUGCUGCGGGUGUUGUAGCUGGUGCUGUCGUUUCUGUCGGUGUUGUUGGCUAUGUCAAGGAUACCGUCAGCUCGUGGUUCAGCAAGCUCACUAAGGAUAUCUCUGAGCGUGUUGAACAGGGCGGCGACAACGUCGAAGCUGAUAUUGAAGCCAUCGUUGCCAAGGCCGACGCUGAGAUCGACAUCGAAUUCACCAAGGUUACCACCAAGACUGGCGAAUGCAAGGAUACCGAAUCAGCUGAGAAGCUCAAGGCUACCAUCGAAUGGGCCAAGAGCACCGUCACCCAGACCACCACGCAGGUCAAGGCCACCGCUGUUCAAGCCAUUGCUGCUGGCAGCACCUCUGCUGUCUCUGUUCACGAGCAGCUUUCCGGUGUUGUUGAAGCUACCAAGACGCAGGUCAGCACUGCUUUAGAUAACUGCAAGGCCGAUGUUGAAAUCGAAGUCGAGAAGGAAAAGAUUGAAAAGGUUGCUGCGGGUGUUGUAGCUGGUGCUGUCGUUUCUGUCGGUGUUGUUGGCUAUGUCAAGGAUACCGUCAGCUCGUGGUUCAGCAAGCUCACUAAGGAUAUCUCUGAGCGUGUUGAAAAGGGCGGUGACAACGUCGAAGCUGAUAUUGAAGCUAUCGUUGCCAAGGCCGACGCUGAGAUCGACAUCGAAUUCACCAAGGUUACCACCAAGACUGGCGAAUGCAAGGAUACCGAAUCAGCUGAGAAGCUCAAGGCUACCAUCGAAUGGGCCAAGAGCACCGUCACCCAGACCACCACGCAGCAGCUUUCCGGUGUUGUUGAAGCUACCAAGACACAGGUCAGCACUGCUUUAGAUAACUGCAAGGCCGAUGUCGAAAUCGAAGUCGAGAAGGAAAAGAUUGAAAAGGUUUCAACUGAGGUUACUAAGCAUACUCACGAGCACAAGAAGCCUACCAAGGAGCCGAGAAGAAGGAAGAUCACCAUGCCGAAAGGUUGCUGCGGUGUUGUAGCUGGUGCUGUCGUUUCUGUCGGUGUUGUUGGCUAUGUCAAGGAUACCGGCGGCGACAACGUCGAAGCUGAUAUUGAAGCUAUCGUUGCCAAGGCCGACGCUGAGAUCGACAUCGAAUUCACCAAGGUUACCACCAAGACUGGCGAAUGCAAGGAUACCGAAUCAGCUGAAAAGCUCAAGGCUACCAUCGAAUGGGCCAAGAGCACCGUCACCCAGACCACCACGCAGGUCAAGGCCACCGCUGUUCAAGCCAUUGCUGCUGGCAGCACCUCUGCUGUCUCUGUUCACGAGCAGCUUUCCGGUGUUGUUGAAGCUAUCAAGACGCAGGUCAGCACUGCUUUAGAUAACUGCAAGGCCGAUGUUGAAAUCGAAGUCGAGAAGGAAAAGAUUGAAAAGGUCUCAACUGAGGUAACCAAGCAUACUCACGAGCACAAGAAGCACGAGCACAAGAAGACCGAGCAGAAGGAGGAUCACCAUGCCGAGAAGGUUGCUGCUGGUGUUGUAGCUGGUGCUAUCGUUUCUGUCGGUGUUGUUGGCUAUGUCAAGGAUACCGUCAGCUCGUGGUUCAGCAAGCUCACUAAGGAUAUCUCUGAGCGUGUUGAACAGGGCGGCGACAACGUCGAAGCUGAUAUUGAAGCCAUCGUUGCCAAGGCCGACGCUGAGAUCGACAUCGAAUUCACCAAGGUUACCACCAAGACUGGCGAAUGCAAGGAUACCGAAUCAGCUGAGAAGCUCAAGGCUACCAUCGAAUGGGCCAAGAGCACCGUCACCCAGACCACCACGCAGGUCAAGGCCACCGCUGUUCAAGCCAUUGCUGCUGGCAGCACCUCUGCUGUCUCUGUUCACGAGCAGCUUUCCGGUGUUGUUGAAGCUACCAAGACGCAGGUCAGCACUGCUUUGGAUAACUGCAAGGCCGAUGUUGAAAUCGAAGUCGAGAAGGAAAAGAUUGAAAAGGUUUCAACUGAGGUUACUAAGCAUACUCACGAGCACAAGAAGCACGAGCACAAGAAGACCGAGCAGAAGGAAGAUCACCAUGCCGAAAAGGUUGCUGCGGGUGUUGUAGCUGGUGCUGUCGUUUCUGUCGGUGUUGUUGGCUAUGUCAAGGAUACCGUCAGCUCGUGGUUCAGCAAGCUCACUAAGGAUAUCUCUGAGCGUGUUGAAAAGGGCGGUGACAACGUCGAAGCUGAUAUUGAAGCUAUCGUUGCCAAGGCCGACGCUGAGAUCGACAUCGAAUUCACCAAGGUUACCACCAAGACUGACGAAUGCAAGGAUACCGAAUCAGCUGAAAAGCUCAAGGCUACCAUCGAAUGGGCCAAGAGCACUGUCACCCAGACCACCACGCAGGUCAAGGCCACCGCUGUUCAAGCCAUUGCUGCUGGCAGCACCUCUGCUGUCUCUGUUCACGAGCAGCUUUCCGGUGUUGUUGAAGCUACCAAGACGCAGGUUAACACUGCUAUGGAUAACUGCAAGGCUGAUGUCGAAAUCGAAGUCGAGAAGGAAAAGAUUGAAAAGGUUUCAACUGAGGUUACUAAGCAUACUCACGAGCACAAGAAGCCUACCAAGGAGGCCGAGAAGAAGGAAGAUCACCAUGCCGAAAAGGUUGCUGCGGGUGUUGUAGCUGGUGCUGUCGUUUCUGUCGGUGUUGUUGGCUAUGUCAAGGAUACCGUCAGCUCGUGGUUCAGCAAGCUCACUAAGGAUAUCUCUGAGCGUGUUGAAAAGGGCGGUGACAACGUCGAAGCUGAUAUUGAAGCUAUCGUUGCCAAGGCCGACGCUGAGAUCGACAUCGAAUUCACCAAGGUUACCACCAAGACUGGCGAAUGCAAGGAUACCGAAUCAGCUGAGAAGCUCAAGGCUACCAUCGAAUGGGCCAAGAGCACCGUCACCCAGACCACCACGCAGGUCAAGGCCACCGCUGUUCAAGCCAUUGCUGCUGGCAGCACCUCUGCUGUCUCUGUUCACGAGCAGCUUUCCGGUGUUGUUGAAGCUACCAAGACGCAGGUUAACACUGCUAUGGAUAACUGCAAGGCUGAUGUUGAAAUCGAAGUCGAGAAGGAAAAGAUUGAAAAGGUCUCAACUGAGGUUACCAAGCAUACUCACGAGCACAAGAAGCACGAGCACAAGAAGACCGAGCAGAAGGAGGAUCACCAUGCCGAGAAGGUUGCUGCUGGUGUUGUAGCUGGUGCUAUCGUUUCUGUCGGUGUUGUUGGCUAUGUCAAGGAUACCGUCAGCUCGUGGUUCAGCAAGCUCACUAAGGAUAUCUCUGAGCGUGUUGAACAGGGCGGCGACAACGUCGAAGCUGAUAUUGAAGCUAUCGUUGCCAAGGCCGACGCUGAGAUCGACAUCGAAUUCACCAAGGUUACCACCAAGACUGGCGAAUGCAAGGAUACCGAAUCAGCUGAAAAGCUCAAGGCUACCAUCGAAUGGGCCAAGAGCACCGUCACCCAGACCACCACGCAGGUCAAGGCCACCGCUGUUCAAGCCAUUGCUGCUGGCAGCACCUCUGCUGUCUCUGUUCACGAGCAGCUUUCCGGUGUUGUUGAAGCUACCAAGACGCAGGUCAGCACUGCUUUAGAUAACUGCAAGGCCGAUGUUGAAAUCGAAGUCGAGAAGGAAAAGAUUGAAAAGGUCUCAACUGAGGUUACCAAGCAUACUCACGAGCACAAGAAGCACGAGCACAAGAAGACCGAGCAGAAGGAGGAUCACCAUGCCGAGAAGGUUGCUGCUGGUGUUGUAGCUGGUGCUAUCGUUUCUGUCGGUGUUGUUGGCUAUGUCAAGGAUACCGUCAGCUCGUGGUUCAGCAAGCUCACUAAGGAUAUCUCUGAGCGUGUUGAACAGGGCGGCGACAACGUCGAAGCUGAUAUUGAAGCUAUCGUUGCCAAGGCCGACGCUGAGAUCGACAUCGAAUUCACCAAGGUUACCACCAAGACUGGCGAAUGCAAGGAUACCGAAUCAGCUGAAAAGCUCAAGGCUACCAUCGAAUGGGCCAAGAGCACCGUCACCCAGACCACCACGCAGGUCAAGGCCACCGCUGUUCAAGCCAUUGCUGCUGGCAGCACCUCUGCUGUCUCUGUUCACGAGCAGCUUUCCGGUGUUGUUGAAGCUACCAAGACGCAGGUCAGCACUGCUUUAGAUAACUGCAAGGCCGAUGUUGAAAUCGAAGUCGAGAAGGAAAAGAUUGAAAAGGUCUCAACUGAGGUUACCAAGCAUACUCACGAGCACAAGAAGCACGAGCACAAGAAGACCGAGCAGAAGGAGGAUCACCAUGCCGAGAAGGUUGCUGCUGGUGUUGUAGCUGGUGCUAUCGUUUCUGUCGGUGUUGUUGGCUAUGUCAAGGAUACCGUCAGCUCGUGGUUCAGCAAGCUCACUAAGGAUAUCUCUGAGCGUGUUGAACAGGGCGGCGACAACGUCGAAGCUGAUAUUGAAGCUAUCGUUGCCAAGGCCGACGCUGAGAUCGACAUCGAAUUCACCAAGGUUACCACCAAGACUGGCGAAUGCAAGGAUACCGAAUCAGCUGAAAAGCUCAAGGCUACCAUCGAAUGGGCCAAGAGCACCGUCACCCAGACCACCACGCAGGUCAAGGCCACCGCUGUUCAAGCCAUUGCUGCUGGCAGCACCUCUGCUGUCUCUGUUCACGAGCAGCUUUCCGGUGUUGUUGAAGCUAUCAAGACGCAGGUCAGCACUGCUUUAGAUAACUGCAAGGCCGAUGUUGAAAUCGAAGUCGAGAAGGAAAAGAUUGAAAAGGUCUCAACUGAGGUAACCAAGCAUACUCACGAGCACAAGAAGCACGAGCACAAGAAGACCGAGCAGAAGGAGGAUCACCAUGCCGAGAAGGUUGCUGCUGGUGUUGUAGCUGGUGCUAUCGUUUCUGUCGGUGUUGUUGGCUAUGUCAAGGAUACCGUCAGCUCGUGGUUCAGCAAGCUCACUAAGGAUAUCUCUGAGCGUGUUGAACAGGGCGGCGACAACGUCGAAGCUGAUAUUGAAGCUAUCGUUGCCAAGGCCGACGCUGAGAUCGACAUCGAAUUCACCAAGGUUACCACCAAGACUGGCGAAUGCAAGGAUACCGAAUCAGCUGAAAAGCUCAAGGCCACCAUCGAAUGGGCCAAGAGCACCGUCACCCAGACCACCACGCAGGUCAAGGCCACCGCUGUUCAAGCCAUUGCUGCUGGCAGCACCUCUGCUGUCUCUGUCCACGAGCAGCUUUCCGGUGUUGUUGAAGCUACCAAGACGCAGGUCAGCACUGCUUUGGAUAACUGCAAGGCCGAUGUUGAAAUCGAAGUUGAGAAGGAAAAGAUCGAAAAGGCCUCAGCUGAGGGAAUCAAACAUAGUCACGAACACAAGAAGCCUACCAAGAAGGAAGAUAAUCACCACGCUGCUAAAAUUGCAGCUGGUGUUGCAGCUGGCACUGUAGUUACUGUGGGUGUUGUUGGCUAUGUCGCCUCCACUGUCAGCUCAUGGUUUGACAGGCUUAGCAAGCAAGUCGCUGAACGCGCCGAACAAGGCGAUGAGAAUGCCUCUUCUGACAUUGAAGCUAUUGUUUCUGAGGCCAUUGCUUCCAUUGAAGGCGAACUAGCAACCGUCUCCGGCCAGACCAGCGAGUUGGACGAAGCAACCGCCGAGAAGCUCAAGAUGACAAUUGAAAAGGCCAAAGAAACUGUCGUUGCCGGCUCGACUCAAAUCAAGGUGACCGCUGUUGAAGCUGCCAUUUCUGGAUCCAAGGACAUCCGCGAAAAGUUGACGUCUGUGGUUGAGUCUAACACUGAGAAGGUGUGCGUUACUUUAGAAGAGUGUGAUGCUUCCUCAUUGGAAAUUCAAGUCGAAAGCGAAAAGGCUGAAAAAACUCAAACAUCUGUUGCCGUUGUUGACCAUGUCAAGCUCAUUAUCCACUCAUGGUUCGCCAAGCUCGUUCAAGACGUACAGAUCUGCGCUGCCAAGGGUGGCGAAUCGUCCAAUGCUGAUAUCGAGGCCAUUGUUUCCAAGGCUAAGUUGUCUAUUGAUGGAGAACUUAAAGAAGUCUGUGAUAAGACCCAACACCAACAAGAGACGGAUACAUCGACCGAGCAGUUUUUGUCCACAAUUGAAUGGGCGAAGGGUCUUGUGAUUCAAGGAUCAACCCAGAUCCAAGCGAUUGGUGUCAACGCCAUUGCUUCUGGCAAUGCUACUGAAAUUCAGGAGACUUUGGAAAACCAGGUCCAAGCUAUUCAGGUACAAGUUGACACUGCACUUGACAAGUGUGACAGCUCAGCUGUCAUCAAGGUAGAUCAUCACAAGAAGACUACCAAGCACCAAAACAUCGAGAAAACAAAGAAGUUGCAUGAACACGUUACCAAGAAGCACGAAGAGGUUGAAAAGAAGGAACACAGCCAGGCCGAGAAGAUCGUCGCUUAUACAAUUGUCAGCGUCGGUGUAAUCGAAUACGCCAAACUCACCGUCCGUUCGUGGUUCAACAAGCUGAUGGAUGAUGUUUCCUCCUGCGCAGCUAAUGGUGGUACCGAGGAAGAGAUUGAAGCUAUUGUCUCCAAGGCUACUGAGUCAAUCGAAGACACUAUCGAAGAUAUUGUUGAUGAAACCAAGUCUUCAUCUUCUGAAACUGCUUCCAUCAAGAAGAUCAACGCCACUCUCGAAUGGGCCAAGGGCAUGGUUGUCCAAGGAUCUCACCAGGUUGAGGCUAUCGGUGUCCAAGCGAUCGCUUCCGGUCAUACAACCAUUGCCAGCAUCCGUGAGCAGAUGACUCCUUUGAUCGAAGCUAAUACCACACAAAUCGAAACUGCCCUGGGCAGCUGCGAUGCAGCCAUCGUCAUUGAAGUCGAUCACGAGGAAAAGAACGAAAAGACCCAGCACGCUGUCAAGAAGACCACUGAAGAAACCAAGACUUCUGAAGAAAAGAAAAAGGUCACCAAGAAGCCUGUUUCCAAGAAGCCCGCGUUGUCGACUGAUGAGGCAGCCGAGAUCAUUGCCGGUGGCGUUGUCACCGUUGGUGCCGUCACUUAUGUCAAGUCUACUAUCAGCUCCUGGUUUGGCAGACUUACCAAGGCUGUCUCUGAGCGUGCUGAAGAAGGUGGUGACAAUGCUUCUGCUGAUAUUGAAGCUAUCAUUGCCAAGGCCAAUGCCGAAAUUGAGGUUGAAUUCACCAAGGUUACCACCAAGACCGGCGACUGCAAGGAUACCGAGUCAGCUGCUAAACUCAAGGAAACGCUCGAAUGCGCCAAGACUACUGUUACCCAAGGCACAACGCAAGUCCAAACCAUUGCCAUUGAAGCUGUGUCUGCAGGUGGAUUGGGUGCUAUCGCUAUCCGUGACAAGCUCUCUUCUGUAGUUGAGUCCACAACUGCUGAAGUGGACACUGCUUUGGAAAAGUGUGACUCUAAGGUUGAUAUCAAGGUCGAGAAGAAGGCUUCAGAAGUUAAGGAAGCAAUCGAGGCCGCUGGCCAAGUCACUGUUGGCGUCGUCGAUUACAUUAAGGUCACAAUCAGUACCUGGUACGGAAAAUUGGUGGAGGACAUCACUUCGUGCAAGACCGGUGAAGAAGUCGAGACUGUCAUCGCAGAAGCCAAUGCCGCUAUUGAAGCCGAGCUUAAGACUGUAACUGAAAAGACCGAAAAAUCUGAGGCUUCCACCUCUAUUUCGGAGCAGAUCGUUUCAACCACUGAAUGGGCCAAGGGUAUUGUCCUUGAAGGAUCCAACCAGUUCAAGGCCGUCGGUGUACAGAUCGUUGCUGGCUCUACUACUGCUCAGGAUAGCAUUGCUGACUUGGUAGAAUCUACUGAAGCCCAAAUCUCCACAGCCUUUGACAAGUGCGACUCGUCUUUGAUCAUUGAAGUCGACCAUACCAAGGUUGCUGCCGAGGAUGUGCACAAGGUUGUCAAGCACGACACGAACAAGUUCAAAAAUAAGAAGCAGCACCAACACAAGGUCACCAAGAAGGACGACAAGAAGCAGGAGAAACUCGCCGAAAAGGAGGAUCAUCAUGUCGAAAAGGUUGCAGCUGGUGUUGUAGCUGGUGCUGUGGUUUCUGUCGGUGUUGUCGGCUAUGUCAAGGAUACCGUCAGCUCGUGGUUCAGCAAGCUCACCAAGGAUAUCUCCGAGCGUGUUGAAAAGGGCGGUGACAAUGUCGAAGCUGAUAUUGAAGCCAUCGUUGCCAAGGCCGACGCUGAGAUUGACGUCGAAUUCACCAAGGUUACCACCAAGACUGGCGAAUGCAAGGAUACCGAAUCAGCUGAGAAGCUCAAGGCCACCAUCGAAUGGGCCAAGAGCACUGUCACCCAUACCACCACGCAGGUCAAGGCUACCGCUGUCCAAGCCAUUGCUGCUGGCAGCACCUCUGCUGUCUCCGUUCAUGAGCAGCUUUCCGGCGUGAUUGAAGCUACCAAGACGCACGUCGACACUGCUUUGGAUAACUGCAAGGCUGAUGUUGAAAUCGAAGUCGAGAAGGAAAAGGUUCACAAGGUCAAGCAAUCUGUCGGUACAGCUGCCGAGAUUAGCGUUGGUGUCGUAGACUAUGUCAAGAUUACCAUCAACUCGUGGUACGCCAAACUUGUCGAAGAUAUCACAUCCUGCAAGACCAGCGACGAAGUCGAUGUCGUGGUUGCCAAGGCUAACGCCUCCAUCGAAGCUGAACUCAAGAACGUGUCGGAGAAGACGAAGCAAUCUAACGUUUCUGCGUCUGUCAGCGAGCAAAUUGUCUCUACCACUGAAUGGGCCACGGGUAUCGUUCUCGAAGGCUCUGCCCAAUUGAAGAUCAUCGGCAUUCAAGUCGUUGCUGGUGCGGAAGGUGCCAAGGACAGUAUUGCCGGUUUGGUCGAAACUACACAGAAGCAGAUCGAAACCGCUUACGACAAAUGUGAUACAUCCCUGACUUUCGAAGUUGAGCACAACAAGGUGUCCGUCCAAGAUGUUCACAAGGUUGUUAAGCACGAUGAGAAGAAGGAGGCUGCUAAGAAGAAGGCCUCUGAAAAUAAGUCAGAGCAUCAUCAUCAUCAUGAUACUGCUGCCAGCGUAGCCGUGGGUGCAGCUGCAGGCGCUGUCAUCACUGUUGGCGUUGUUGGCUAUGUCAAGGCAACAGUUCACUCGUGGUUUAACAAGCUUACUAAGGAUAUCGCUGAACGUGUUGAAAAGGGCGGUGACGAUGUCAACGCUGAUAUCGAGGUCAUCAUUGCUGAAGCUACCGAAAAGAUCGAUGGCGAUUUCUCUCAAGUUGUGCACAAGACCGACGAAUCCUCCAACAAGGAGUCUGCUGAAAAACUCAAGGCUACUCUCGGAUGGGCCAAGAGCAUGAUUUCGCAGAGCACUACCCAAGUCCAGGCGGUCGCUGUCCAAGCGAUUGCCAGUGGUAACACCGCUUCUGCAUCUAUCCACGAUCAAUUGUCCGCUGUGGUCGAAUCCACAACUACUCAAGUAGACACUGCUUUGGGUGGUUGCAAGACCGACUUGGUUAUCGAGGUUGAGAAGAAGACAACCGCUGAAAAGAAGACUUCUGUUGUUGAAAAGCCAAAGAAGAGUGUCGAUGUCACCGUCGGUGCGGUUGAAUACGUCAAGAUAACGGUCAACUCAUGGUUCAAGAAGCUCGUAGAAGACGUUUCCUCAUGCAAGACUAACGAAGAAAUUGAUGUUGUCGUUACCAAGGCCAAUGCUGCUAUUGAAGCCGAGCUCAAGGGUGUUUGCGACAAGACCACCACCAAGUCGGAUGUCACCAGCACUGUCAGCGAACAAAUUGUAUCGACCACGGACUGGGCUAAGGGUAUGAUCUUACACGGCUCUGCCCAGAUCAAGGCUAUCGGUGUCCAGAUUGUUGCUACAGGCGGAUCGAGUGCAAAGACCGCUAAGGAAAGCAUGGCCGCAUUGAUUGAAUCGACCGAGACUCAAAUCAGCACAGCUUAUGACAAGUGUGAUGCUUUGUUGACUAUUGAAGUGGACCACACUAAAGUUGCUCCCGAGCAUGUGCACAAGAUUGUAAAGCAUGAUGCUACCAAGAAGAAGACAAGCAAGGUCGUGGCCGCUCAUUACAUCAAGGUUACUAUCUACUCGUGGUUCCGCAGACUGAUUGAGGAUGUCUCGUCAUGCAAGUCGACCGAAGAAGUCGAAAAGGUAGUUGCCAAGGCAACUGCUUCCAUUGAGGCCGAGUUUAGCACUGUGUGCGGCAAGGUCAAGGGAUCAGACAACAACCUUGUGUCUACCAUCGAGUGGGCCAAGGGUCUGGUCUUGCAAGGUUCUACCCAGGUCAAGGCCAUUGGUGUGGAUAUUGUUGCAACUGGUGAUUCUUCAUCGAGUUUGUUGAUGAGCCAAAUGACUUCUCUUGUGGAAGCCGCUGAAGCUCAGAUUGAUACUGGACUCGACCAAUGUAAUUCUUCCGUUAGCAUUGAAGUAGAUCAAGCUUCAAAGACAGAAUACAAGAAAUGCGCAAAGGACAAGAAGAAAUGUGCCCGCAAGGAGAAGAAGGAAAGCGCACCCAAACCCAAGCAGAAGGACUCGGAUGACGAGAAGGAAUGCAAGCCAAAGGAUAAGAAGGAGUGCGACAAGUCCAAGUCCAAGGACGACGCACACCACCAGUCCGAGAAGAAGCAUACCGGAAAGGUCGCUGAAGGAUCCAUCGAUGUUGUAGCUAUUGUCCGCGCCUGGUUCGCCAAGCUGACCCUGGACGUAUCCAAGUGCGCCAAGGAAGGCAAAUCCAGCCAGGAAAUUGAGGUUCUGAUCACGCAAGCAAAGACCGAAAUUACCAAGAAACUCGAGGUCGUUGAAGUUACUGCUACAGGUUCGGUUAGCGACAAGACUCAACUUCAAGGAUUUAAGUCCAUUGUCCGAUGGGCCCAAGGCAUGGUCGUGCAAGGCGCAUACCAAAUCCAGUCUAUCGGUGCUCAAGCUGCAGCCACUUCGUCGAGCGGCUUUGAGCAAAUGACCACUACAACUGCAGCUAUCGAGGAACAAAUUUCUGUUGCGCUACGACCUUACGGUGAGAUCAUUUCUGCCCAUACCGAAAAGAUCGAGGCACAGGAGUCUGCCAAACGCGAUUCCAAGAAGGAUGGCCACAAGAUGCUUGGUCACAUUAUUGAAGGCUCUUUGGCUGUUGGUGCUGCUGCCGGCGCUGCAACUGUUAUCGGUGCCUCCAAGAAGAAGAAGGCAGCUGAAGAGAAGACCGCUAGGAAGGAAGCUUCCGGCCAGCAUAUUUCGGCUGUUGAUGCGGCUGAGAUUGCCAAGAGCACUGCAAAGGAUACUCAAAAGUGGUUCUACAAGCUCAUUGUUGUCAAGUUCACUCAGCUACUCGAAUCGUCAGCCGACAGACUCUACGUGAACGGCGAAACUGAGCACAUCAUCUCGGAAGCCGAGAUUGAAGUCAACGACAAGAUCUCGAAGCUUCAACAAGGCACUUCUAGCGAACAUUUGGAUGUCUUCUUUAGCCACUUGCGUACUACUUUCUCUGCCCAGCUUUCGGACAUCAAGAGCACCAUUUUGGAAGGACCCUGGCAGAACGCCGCGGAGCAGGAAUCAGCUCUGUACGAGAUUGCCACCCGCUUGAACGAACAGAUCGCAGCCCACGUUUCAGCUGUUCAGACUGCAGUAACUGAAGAAGAAAUUGUUGUCGGCGAAAACGAUGUUGAUGUCGAAGUAAAGCACGAGGAAUCGGCUGUUGCCAAGAGUGAGGACAAGGGCAAGACGGCAGUCAAUGCAAAGAAACCCGCCAAGAAGCAGCCAAUUCAACUUGUUGAGGUCACCAAGAUUGAAGCAGUCAAGACCGACGUCAAUGGAUGGCUCGUCCGCUUGGUUGAGCGCAUCAAGACUUGCUGCAAGCAAACCGACAUCGAUGUCUCUGCUGCAGUUACCACCUUACUUACCGAAGCCCAGCAAGAAUUGGAUACCAUGAUCAAAUCCACUAAAUCAGGUGUCUCUACUGAAACGGAUGUUGAGUACAACUUCUCUGUCACCUUGGAGACAAUCUUCGUCACGGCUAUUUCGCAAGCGAACAUUUCCAAGACCAUUGCUAUCCACGGUGUCGAUGUGGAUACACAGCUUGACAAUGUUGUGAUGGUUUCGAAGAAGCAGGUCGACAAAUUGCUUCAAGUCCACAUUGUAGAUGAAAAGACUGGUGAGAGCUCGUAUGGUGCCGUUAUUCUCGAUAGCAAGACUGAAACCAAAGAAGAGAUUCAAGCCCACAUCCAGAAGGAAUUGACUCUUGCCAUUCAAGAUACCAAGACCAAGCUCAUUCUAUGGCUCGAUCUGCUCGUCAAGAACAUUCACACCUCGGUUCAACGCGAAGGAGGCAACGGCUGUCACGUUGCUACCGAAGUCCAGCUUUUACUUGAGGAUGCCAACCAGCAGAUUGAAAAUAUCAUCAAUGCUGCAAAGAUCCAGAUCGUUGCAGCUGGUGACGAACAAGCUCUCUUGCGCAAGGAUGCAACUGUUGCAGGCCAUGUUUCUUAUGCUCGCAACCAGGCACUCUACUGCAUCGACCAAAUUAAGUUCACCUUGUACUCGCAGACGGCAUCGCUCAAGCAGGUUGUUUCCUGCACUGACUCGCGCGAUGCUGCCACUUUUGAAGAACGUGUCUUUAGCCGUAUUGCCCUGAUCAAGGAUCGCCUUACCCACUCAUUUGACUAUGCUACCGGUGUCACCGUCUCUGCUGCAUUCGAAGGCAAGACUGUUGCUUGGGUUGAAACCACCAAGAUGCCUGAAUCAUUCGCUGGCGUUCGCGCUAUUGCUUUUGAUCUUGUUGGCACGGUUACCGACUUCCGCGCCUCGUUCACUGCUGCCUGGUCUGCCACCAUCAAGUACAAAAAGGCUGAGGGUUUGCACAAGAUUGACACUGUAGCCUUUGCCGACAAGUGGCAUGCACUGUUCCUCGAGCGCAAGGGUGCCGACGGUAAACAGCAAGACCAAGUCCUUUUGCGCGCCACUCUCGUUGAGCUGCUCGCAAGCCACGAUAUCAAGGAAGGUGCAUUCACUGAUGCUCAACUCGACAAACUCGUUCUGGUCUGGCGCCGUGCUUCACUUUACAAGGAUGUGGCCGCAGGUAUCAAGCGAGUCAAGCACUUGAAUCACGGAACGCCCACCGUUUCGUUCUCGCAACAGUUCCAAACUCGCACCAUGGUUGAUCUUGCCCGUCACGGAUGUCUCUGUUGGCAUGCCCAGUUUGGUGCUGAUAUGUUCGCUGGUCUAUCAUCCGAGCAAUUCGUCGGUACUGUUUCCAACUUGUUGGCGCUUGACGACACCAACGAGCUUGCGGUCGUCUCGGCUAAUCCCGAUGUUCUAAAUGCCGCCAAGUCAAGCGGUGCUCAUACCGUGCUUAUCCAUCGCGCUGAUCACAACACAAGCCAACAAGAAUUUGAUCUCGAAGUUGACGGUAUCGACAUGCUCGCUGAAAGCUUUGAAGCCUUGUUCGAUCAAAAGGAAGCCCAGAAACAACAAGCUGGUUCUACUACCGCUGAGGCAGGACGCACUUGGUUCCAACGCGUUGUUGACUCUGCUAGCUCUGCUCUGUACUAA